AUGCAUAACCACGUAAAACACCAUAAAAAUCAAUAUUUCUUCGGUUUACGUGACUAUUACUCUUUAAUUGGAGGUAUUGUACGUGCAAUGUCUGAAAAGCAACAUGGGCACAACAAUCUAUAUGACAUUAUCCAUCUUCUUUUAGCGAUUAAUUUUGAUAGCAUUAUUGAUGGUGGCAGGUUUAUGUGGCGGAAAUUUUGUGAACAUAUGCAAAAUAAUCAUAUGAUAGAAUAUUAUUCAUGUCCAACAGUAGACGUUUUAAUUAAUCAAAGUAUUUCGUCUCGUACAGGCCGAUUUCUUAUGUUGAUUAGUGAUAAUGAAAGUAGUUUCGAUUAUAUCCAACAAUACAUUAAUGUAAAAUAUGCAUUAAUGCAAACCCAUAGUUUGGUCGGUAGUACUCUUGCUGGUGAUUUUCUUUCAAAUGAAACCUAUACUGAACAAUACAAUACUCGAAUAAUGAUGGAUAUUAUACUUUAUGUAGAAACGGACGUAACAUUAUUCGUACGAGGAUUAGGUCCUUUAUAUGAUAAUCUUUACGAUCUAUUUAAUCAAAAUUUUUCUGUAUCAGGGCGAAAAAAAUAUUGUCGCAUUGCACUUGGUUCUCUCUUUCAUCCACGUUGCAUGAUUCAUGAUAGAUUAUUUUGCAUAGUAUUUGUCAAAAAGCAAGAUCUUCAUAAAUAUGAUCCACCAUUUCUAAAUCGUUUUGAAAAACAUACCAUAAACUUGGAUACUUUUAUUCCUAAACAUCAGAAAACUACCGUGUCCAAUUUAAUGAAGUGGGUAAAUGAAUAUUCAUCAAAGAAGCCAAAUCAAAAGUUUCCUUGUCAUAAGCAUCUUGUCGAAUUUAAUAAUGAUUAUAUUUUCAAUUUAGUUGCUGAUGCAUAUCAUCGUCUAGGGAUUUCUAAUGAUUAUGAUAUUGAUCAAGAAGCCAUAAAUACACAAAAGGUGAUUAAAUAUUGUCAAGAUCAUAUGAUUCGUGCUAGUUCAUUUGAUUUUCCACUUAUUUUAUCAUUGACAUCUCAAACAAAUCUUACCAAAGAUAUAAAUCCUUGUAUUGAACGCUAUUAUGAAAUUCAUGCCGAUAUGUCUUUUUCAUCAUUGAUUAAUCAAAAGUUAGAGACAGAUGACGUCCCAAAGUUAAUCGUUUAUACAUAUACUCAAAUAUAUCAAAUCAUUGAUUAUAGUCACAUCAAGAAUCAUAAUAUUUGGUUAGAACAAGUAAAAUUGAGUUAUUUCAAAACUGAACUGGAAUUGAUACAAAGAAUUGAAACGCAUUAUCGCAAGAAAGAUUCUCUUUUAUUAUUUAUUCGUAUUGAUUAUCAUCAAGAGCACAAACAUAUACCAAUGUUGAAACACAUUUUACUUAAUAGACAUGUGACCGAUAAAAAGCAUGGCAUAUGUCUCAUAGUUCAUUUACAACGUAAUAUGUUAAAUAUAAUUACUGAUGAUGUUUUUUUUAAUUGGUGGUCAACUAUAAUGAUAGACAAUCUUCAAGAACAUAGAAUAAUUCCCAAGAAUAUUUUUUUCAAUCCAUCGUAUCAAGAUCUUAUCAAUCAUUUUAAGUUUCUAAGUUCGGAAACCAUGUUUGAUGAGCUCAUUAAACGAUGUCUCAGUAAAUUUCGUUAUCAAGAGACUAGUAAAUACUUCGAAGACAAAAUAAUUGAACGUCGUGAACGAAUAAUUAACGAACUUACUCUACAAACUGUCACCUAUGACAAUGAUCAUCAAUCGUUGCGUUCGUUAAUUAAAAACCAACUAUUAUUAAUCGAAAAUACUACUGAUCAAUCUCUGUUCAAUGAUUGGCGACAAGAUUUAUUAGGAAACGAAAUCAUUAUUGGUUCAUGUCGUUCGUUUGAUCACGCAUUAAAACAAACAGUUUGGCUAUAUCUCGAGAACUAUCUUUCAUUAAUACUUGCUCAUCUCGAAAAGCAUUCACUGAUAGAUUCCUAUCUCGUUUUUACUCAAUUCAAUGGAGACAUUCGCAAUAAAUUAUUCUUGAUUUGGCUUAAUUCUUGGACAGAAGCCAUUAAAACCAUUGAUGUGUCAUUAAUCAAUCAACAAAACAUUGAAAUUUCUCUGAUUUUUUAUUUAUAUCUACCUUGUUCAACAUAUGAAUAUGAGAUUAUUCGUGAAAUACGUCAAACGAUUGCACAAAAUCAAUAUAUGGAUGACGAUCAUAGAAUGAACUUUGCUUGGAAACAAUUAAUUAGUAAAAGUAUCUAUGGACAAUAUAUUGAUACGAUCUUUCAAAAUUCAGAUCUAUUCAAAUAUUACUAUCACGAUCAACUUACGAUCAUUUUGAAUAAAAUGAAUAUUCAUCAAGUAUCAUCUUCAUUUAUUCAACAAUUAAUAUCAAAAUUAUCCGUCUCUCCAAAAGAUCGAUUAACACAUGUAUUUAUUCAUUAUGAAGAACUCUGUGAAAUAAUGCGAAUAUUCGACAUUGGUUUACCUCUGAUUGAUAAAGAAGAAAAAUUGUUUGAAAUUUUAAGUCAGCAAUUUAAAAAUUACAAUGAAAAUCAUGAAAACAUCAGUCGAAACAAUACUAAUUUAUUUUAUAUAAUCUUAGACGGAAAAACAAUGUAUGGAAUUCCACCGAAAUCAUCGUUAGAAAACAAGUUUGAAUUUAUAAAUCAAAGCGAUCCUUUUAUUGAAAUAAGUUUUAGGAAUCUUAUUGAACUUCUUCNAAUCGAAUUAAAAAUAUUCAACAACUAA